AGCACUGUCCUUCCUCACUAGACUUGUUUUUGUAAGCUUGUACCCUUCGCAUGUAGCCAGCUAGCCUGCGUUAGCCGGAGAAGAAGAUUAUUUUUUGUAUUUUCCCUUUACAGACACAAGCAACGCUGCUGGGGGAUAUUUUGUUGUUGCCACACUGACUGCCGACCAUGGUGAGCAAGACAGAUGACAUCCCGGCGUCAGUGCCCAACUGUAAUCCGGUUGAUCUUGCGGAUGAAGCCGGGGAUGGAGCCCAGGACAGCAAUGAGCCCAGCAAGACACGUCUGAAGGAGUCCUGCGGCUGUGGGCACAGUGCAGAUACAGCCAUGGUGAAUGGUGAUGGCGCUCAUGAGCGCACAGAGGAGGCAGAAUCAAAGCAGGAUGGGAACGGCGAGACGGACGGAGGAGAGGAGUCUAACGAACAGGAAGUGAUAGUGAUCCAGGACACGGGCUUCACCGUCAAGAUCCAGGCCCCAGGAACAGAGCCAUUCGACCUGCAGGUAUCUCCCCAGGAAAUGGUCCAGGAGAUCCAUCAGGUGUUGAUGGACCGGGAGGACACCUGCCAUCGCACCUGCUUCUCCCUGCAGCUGGACGGAAACGUGCUGGAUAACUUUGCUGAACUCAAGUCCAUCGAGGGUCUACAGGAGGGCUCGCUGCUCAAAGUGGUAGAAGAGCCCUACACAGUCCGCGAGGCUCGCAUCCAUGUGCGUCACAUCAGAGACCUGCUGAAAAGUCUGGACCCCUCAGAUGCCUACAACGGAGUGGACUGCAACUCUCUCUCCUUCCUCAGCAUAUUCACUGAUGGAGACCUCGGAGAUAGCGGCAAGCGAAAGAAAAAGGGCAACGAGAUGGAGCAGAUCGACUGCACCCCCCCAGAGCACAUCCUGCCCGGCAGCAAAGAUCGCCCCCUGGUGCCCCUCCAGCCACAGAACAAGGACUGGAAGCCUAUGCAGUGCCUGAAGGUCCUGACCAUGAGCGGCUGGAACCCUCCACCUGGAAACAGGAAGAUGCACGGUGACCUCAUGUACCUGUACAUCGUGACUGUGGAGGAGCGUCACGUCAGCGUCACUGCCUCCACACGUGGCUUCUACCUCAACCAAUCUACUACCUAUACCUUUAACCCUAAACCAGCCAACCCCAGCUUCCUGAGCCAUUCUCUGGUGGAGCUGCUGAGCCAGAUCAGCCCUGCCUUCAAGAAGAACUUCACUGCCCUGCAAAAGAAAAGGGUCCAGAGACACCCGUUUGAGAGGAUAGCCACGCCUUUCCAGGUGUACAGCUGGACAGCUCCACAGGUGGACCACGCCAUGGACUGUGUUCGCGCUGAGGACGCCUACACCUCCCGCUUGGGUUAUGAGGAGCACAUACCUGGACAGACCAGAGAUUGGAACGAGGAGCUGCAGACCACCAGAGAGCUGCCGCGGAAAAACCUGCCUGAACGGCUGCUGAGGGAGAGAGCCAUAUUCAAGGUCCACAGUGACUUUGCAGCAGCUGCCACACGAGGCGCCAUGGCGGUCAUCGACGGCAACGUCAUGGCAAUCAACCCCGGCGAGGAGACGCGCAUGCAGAUGUUCAUCUGGAACAACAUCUUCUUCAGCCUGGGCUUCGACGUACGGGACCACUAUCGCGAGCUGGGCGGAGACGCCGCCGCCCACGCCGCACCCACCAAUGACUUAAACGGAGUACGGGCUUACGGGGCCGUGGACGUGGAGGGUCUGUACACUCUGGGGACGGUCGUGGUGGACUACAGAGGCUACCGGGUCACCGCCCAGUCCAUCAUCCCCGGCAUCCUGGAGCGCGAGCAGGAGCAGAGCGUCAUCUACGGCUCCAUCGACUUUGGAAAGACGGUCGUGUCUCACAGCAAAUACCUGGAGCUGCUGGAUAAGACCAGCCGGCCACUCAAGGUCCAGAGGCACAACGUGCUGAACGAGAAAGAUGACACCGUGGAGCUGUGCUCUUCUGUUGAGUGUAAGGGCAUCAUCGGAAACGACGGCCGACACUACAUCCUGGACCUUCUCCGUACCUUCCCUCCUGACCUCAACUUCCUGCCUGUGGAUGGCGAGGAGCUGCCUCCAGAGAGCAAACGCCAAGGCUUCCCCCGCCAGCACCGCCACCACCUGGCCUGUCUACGCCAAGAGCUCAUCGAGGCCUUCGUUGAGCACAGAUAUCUUCUCUUCAUGAAGAUGGCGGCGUUGCAGCUCAUGCAACAGAAAGCAAACAAGGACGCUAAGACCGAUUUACCCGCCAUCACAGAAACCGCCGGAACGCCCUCAGAAAGCAACGCCGACACGACCCAGACACAGACCGCCGCGUCAGAUUCUCCCAGUGUCACAGAGGCCUCAGCAGACGCCACCAGCCAGACGGAGAAUAACGCCUCCACUGCCUCAGAGGCAGCGACUGACGGUGAAGAAAACGCCUCAAAGCCCGCCACAAACGGGUCUCUAGAACCCGCAGCCACCCAGAAUGGGGAAUGCAAGAGCCCACUGGAGGGUAAGGAGCUUGAGGAAAGUAUUCCAGGAUUAGCUCAGGCCAAAGAGCUGGCAGAGACCUUAGUUGGCGAAGACGGAUCUUGUAUUGAUCCGAAAAGCCGCGAGGUCGUCCUCAACGCCUGCAAGGCAGUCGGCUCCAUCAGCAACACGUCUUUCGACAUUCGCUUCAACCCCGACAUCUUCUCCCCAGGAGUCCGUUUCCCAGACGACAGCGCGGAUGAUGUCCAGAAGCAGAAGCAGCUUCUGAAAGACACCGCUGCCUUCCUGGUGUCCUGUCAGAUCCCAUCACUGGUUAAAGACUGUUUGGACCACAGUGCUCUGCCCAUGGACGGAGCCACGCUGACCGAGGCCUUGCACCAGAGAGGCAUCAACGUUCGCUACCUGGGCACCGUCCUGGAGUUUGUGGACAAGACUCCGGCCAAAGCCCAGCUGGAGCACUUCUAUAGAAUAGGAAUCAGUGAGCUGAUUACCAGAUGUGCAAAACAUAUCUUCAAGACAUACCUCCAGGGUGUGGAGUUGUCUGCUCUCUCUGCCGCUGUAAGCCAUUUCCUCAACUGCUUCCUGAGCUCCUUCCCCGACGCCGUCGCCCACCUGCCUGCUGACGAGCUGGUGUCACGCCGCAAAAGCCGCAAACGUCGCAACAGGGUCCCCGGCGGCGGCGACAACACGGCGUGGGCCAGCCUCACGCCCAGCGAGCUGUGGAAGAACAUUGCCUCCGAGGCCAAGAGCUACUAUCACUUCACUAUCCAGUGUGAAAGUGUGGACCAGGUGGUGGAGAAAUACGGCCUCCAGAAAUCCACCCUGCUCAGAGAAAUUUCAAUCAAAACUGGCAUUCAGAUCCUGAUAAAGGAGUAUAACUUUGACAGCCGCCACAAGCCUGCCUUAACAGAGGAGGACAUCCUGAAUAUUUUCCCCGUUGUGAAGCACGUCAACCCCAAAGCCUCAGAUGCCUUCCACUUCUUCCAGAGUGGGCAGGCCAAGGUGCAGCAAGGUUUUCUGAAGGAGGGCUGUGAGCUGAUCAACGAGGCUCUUAACCUCUUCAACAACGUGUACGGAGCCAUGCAUGUAGAGAUCUGUGCCUGCCUGCGCCUGCUGGCUCGCCUUAAUUACAUCAUGGGAGACCACCCUGAGGCUCUCAGCAACCAGCAGAAGGCUGUCCUGAUGAGUGAAAGAGUCCUCGGCAUUGAGCACCCCAACACAAUUCAAGAAUAUAUGCACUUGGCUUUGUACUGCUUUGCCAACGGCCAGCUGUCGACCGCCCUGAAGCUGCUCUAUCGCGCCCGUUACCUCAUGCUGCUGGUCUGUGGGGAGGACCACCCAGAGAUGGCACUGCUAGAUAGUAACAUUGGUCUGGUGCUGCACGGAGUGAUGGAGUAUGAUUUAUCACUGAGAUUCCUGGAGAACGCUUUGACCAUCAACACAAAGUACCAUGGACCCCGGUCACUUAAAGUGGCCCUCAGCCAUCAUUUGGUGGCGAGGGUUUACGAGAGCAAGGCGGAGUUCCGCUCUGCACUGCAGCACGAGAAGGAGGGCUACACCAUUUACAAGAACCAGAUGGGCGAGGCACAUGAGAAGACCAAGGAGAGCUCGGAGUACCUGAAGUAUCUCACCCAGCAGGCCGUGGCUCUGCAGAGAACCAUGAAUGAGAUCUAUAAGAACGGCUCCAACGCCAGCAUCAUGCCCCUCAAGUUCACCGCUCCCAGCAUGGCCAGCGUCCUGGAACAACUCAACAUUAUCAAUGGCAUCAUCUUUAUACCACUCAGCCAAAAGGAUCUGGAGAACCUGAAGGCAGAAGUGCAGAGGCGGCAGCAGCUGCAGGAGCUGGGAAAGCUCGAGGAGCCGGCCGAGGACAAGCCACUGGAGCUAGAAGACAAAAUUCCCAUCGAUUAAUGUAUAGAAGCCCUCGACACAGCUACUUUCUGUUAUGGGGGGCGGGGAGAGGCCGUGACGCAACAGCCAUGUCACUGAGCCUGUGGACCCAAGAGGCGAGCAGUCAAAAUCAGCAUUGAAAUAAACAAAGGGGGAGGGAUGGGUCAGGGCAGCAGACAGAACAAACUGUAUGAACUGUAGGACAAAGGAAUACAGAGCGGGAGUUUCCUACGAGGUAGGAAGAGAGGGAGGAGAAAGUACAAACAUAGAAUCAAUGUAACAUGCAAUCUGAAAUAUCCCCGGCCCGAGAAAACCCGGUGGUGAGACGUCACUCGAGGUGUUAGCUGCUUAGGAAUACGAUUGCAUAUGAAAGCGUGGUUGCAGCCGGGGGAGGGAGACCAAGGAUGACCAUGACAUUGUAUACCAGAGCCUUAUCCACUGUACCAUAUCCCCCCAGUCAUGCUUCUUCUCAGCUCAAACGUCCCACAGCACUGUUAGCCCAGGACCAUAUUCUGCCCCGUCGUUCCCCAAACAGCCUCGAAGACCCCUGGGCACGUAGCCGCCCCCCUCAACCCCCCCCACACAGCGGUGCUCUAAAUGAUAAAGCACCCACCCUGUCCUAGAACUCAGGGGUACUUUCUACUGUGCACUAAGACCAGAAAACAGUCACCAAAUUUGAGAUUUUUCAAGCGGGGCUUCAGAAUGUAAAUUCCCUUUUUUUUUUUUUUUUUUUUUUUUUAAAGUGGCUUCUUUGCAGCAGUCACUCAUCAUGCUUGAACGUCCCCGAUGGUUAAUUACUUUAAUCCUUCUAUCAUUUGUACUUACAACAUCCCAGGUGGGUGCCUGCUGUGUCCUAUGGUUCCUGUUUCUCCAAGCAAGCAAAACAACACAGUGACACAUUAGUGAGCUUUGAUUUCAUUUGCUGGAAUUGCUUCUUUUUCUUUCUUUUUUUUUUUAGUAAAAAAUGAAUUUUGUAAACGUGCACAGGAGAAUCAAGAAGGUAUUUUAGACCUGUUGAUCAUCUGUUAAUUUAAGCCAUGUCUGUUUUAUAGAAAAUGUAUAGAAGUGGAUAAAAGAUGUACAAAUCUAUCGGAUUUAGACAGGUACUUGAUUGAUGUAAUGGAAAACGCAGAUUUAAAAACGUCCACCUUUAAGCAGUAAAUUUAUCUAUCUAUAUACUAGCUGUGUUCAAUCUUCUAUUUUUACACAUUGAAAGGAUAUGUGCAUGUAUGUUUGUAUGUGUGACGGUGUGUGUGUCUUUGUGUAGUCCAACAAAUCUAUCGGCCAGGGCGGUCGCUGCUUUCGCUGCUGCAUAGUUUUGAAUAGAGGCUGAGCGAACAUUGGCUUUCCAAAUGUUUUAUUUUUCUACGCAUAGUAAACCUGUUGGAUGGCUGAUGCCUCUUUUCUUAAAACAUUCAUGGCCACCAACGUUGCAGAUCUGUUUAUGUGUGAAUUGGUACUGAAGUGAACCUCUUCUCAUCACUGGACAGGUGCUCAGCAUUGGCAGUAGUGACUGAUUUAUUGUUGCUGGGUGUUUUUUUUUUUUUUUUUUUUUCCUUUUCUUUCCAUUAUUGGGUCAUUUUUUCCCCACAUGUAACUGAUAAAAAAAAAACCCCAGCCAGGAGUGUCUGUUCGUUGAGCAGUAUUUAGUGCACUUUCUCGUGCUGUUUGGGUGUGUGGCCACGUCCGCAGCACAACCAGACGUGGACGAAAGAAGGGCUGCCUCAGUGUGAUGUACCAAAAAGAGACUGAUAAAGGUUUGUGUGCGCUUGUAUACAUGCAAUGUAUCCCUCCCAUGGCAAUUUGUUACUUGAUUGUUGCCGUGUCUAAAUGUAUGUGAUUAAAGCAAUAGAGAGAUGGUGCUGGAACUGAUUGUUUUUGGAAGAAAUGCAGUUUGUACUUCGCACAAGACGUGCAAGAUGGACUACUUGCUGUACCGGCUGAAUUACCUGAAAAUAAGAGAGCGGUAUUAAAGAAAACAAAAGGCAA